AUGGAGGAAACGGAAAAUAAACCCAGAUAUGAUCUGGACAAGUUUAUAGCUAAUCCCAUAGACUUUCUCAACGAACAUUUCGUCGAUGAGUCUAGCCUUGGGGAAAUAGAUUCGCUAAUCAUCGAUGUAAGCGCAGAGAUACGCAACCAGGACAGAAAACUAAUGGAUGUUAUUAAAGAGAAGGCAAUCAGUGGGGAGUUGGCACAUGAGAGGUUUGAGAAACUCCAAUGUGCAACCAAUGACCUUAUCGCUAAGAUGGCAGAGAUACAAAUACCUACCAUGCGAGGAGAGCAGUCGCUUAAAAUACUCACAGCAGAUAUACGCGCACUCAACCGUGCGAAAUAUAACAUUUGUAACACUAUCACAAGCCUCAAACGCAUACUGAUGCUAUCAACGAUGCUGGAGUCACUUCGUGAAAAGGCGAAACAUCGCAAAUAUGAAGAAGCUGCAGGACUAGCUGUAGUUGUCAGAGAGUUAUACCAAUUGGUAUCCCCGCUACGCGAAGCUCCACCAGUAGUUAGGCUACUAACAUCGUGCAACAGCGUACUCGAUGAACUCAAGCAACAAAUCAUAGAGGAUAUUGAAAUCAUGCUAGAUCUCAGCACGACACAGAGCUGCCUAGAGACUCCGCUUGAACUAUAUGAGGUAUGCAACUGUGCCGAUGCUAUCGAUGACAGUGUUCGCAAACAUAUAGCUUCCAAGUACGCCGCAAAUAUCACACAGAGUUACGAAAAUGUUUUCUCAAUGUCGGCUGAUCUAAAGAUUCUUGAUAAUAUUCAUGAGAGAUUUGCAUGGUUAAGACGUAUCAUCAACGAAUUUGAUGAAAAGUAUGGCACAGAUGUGCCGGAACACUGGAACAUACAGGCAACCGGGGCUUGGGCGUUCCUAGACGCCUGUCGUAACCAGAUUGUCGCUGCACUGACAAGUUCGCCGAAACCAGUAGAAGCCAGUGUAAUUCUUAGCACUUUGCUACGGUGUAAAGAGUUUGAACAAGAAUUGGACUAUAGAAUCAGCAAUUAUGGUGGUUCUCCAAGACCCAUAGAACGUACCGCUAUGGAGUACCCCGAAGUGGUACCAUCUCCAAAGGUCGCCACCUCCGACGCAGAACCAAAGAAAAACCUGAUAGGUGCUCUUAGCCGUUGCUUCGAAAACCAUCUUGGAUCGUGGGUCGCAAACGAGGAAGUACAGUUAGAGGAUCUAUACAACAAAAUUGUGUCAUCCAAAGAAGAUGGUGUUAUCAUGCUAGUGUUGCGUUCAGCUAAGGAGCUUUUCUCGGCCAUCAGCGUAAGGCUGAAGGCGGUCCUUGCAGUGAGCUGCGAGCAGACCCUCUUUGAGAUGAGCAUGGUUUUCAGGCGUAUUAUUGCCAAGUAUCAGGUCUACCUUCAGGAGAGGGUAUCUAAAAUUGACAAAAAUGCUCCACUAUCCACUCUGUCAAGGCAGGGUGGAUACAUUAUAGCCACAUGCGACUACGCUACCGAAAUGAUCGAACACCUCAACGAUGAGAUCGUGGAAGCUAUUGUGCCCGCAUAUAAGGAGCAAGUCAACUUCUCUUCAGAAAAGGAAAAAAUUAACGUCACUAAAGCAAACGUCGUCAAAAGGGUAGUGGAUGAAAGCUGCAAAUUCGCACCCAUCACGCCAAACAUUGUCGCUCCCCUGAAAAAUCUAGAACAAAGGGUUAUCGAGGCCAUACAGACCACCAUAGAGCACCUGCCAUCGGGAUACCUUCAUUACAUGACCAACAAAGUGACACGUGGUGCCAUGGCUCACCUGAAGGACACGAUAUUCUCUCUGGAUAACGCAUCGGAAGGCUACUGCCAGCAACUAUUGCUUGACUCUUACAGUCUGCAAAAACUGCUAUCAGAGUCUGUUAGCGUCUUGGUAGACCCGCUACCUUUGGGCUAUGUAGAAGCAACCACUGCAGAGAUGAACAAGCUGCAGACGCUUCUCAAGGUGCUCAACUCGUCUAGCGACUCUUUAGGGGCAUUUGAUGCGCUGCUGAUAGAGAACGGAGGCUGUUGCACAAAGGAGGAGAUCGACCAGAUAAUGGAGAUACAUCGCAAAAAAUAA